AUGGGUCUAGAUGAACUGUUCAUGAAACUGCCUCGUCACCUCGUAAGCCAGAUCAAAGAGGAGGCGGAUGGCCGUCCCAUUGUCAACUGCACAGAUUGUUCAAACUCGGAUGGCCUUGAGAGGAAGCGUCGAAUGUACCCAGAUCUUUCGUCCUUCCUGUGCGAUUCGUCAGAGGUGGAUUUUCUUGUCGAUUCCGCAAACAGCUCUGCUCCCUUCGUCAUAGUGGACAAAGUGACAGAGGAUGUCGGCUGGUGCCGCCGCGCCAGAGAGGAAGCUCAGUGCUUGCGGACUGCAGGUCGCUUCAAACAAGCUUCGUUCGGAGGAGGAAGUAGCAAGUGUGCAGACGUCAGAACUCGGAGCGAUGACAUCGUGUGGAUUCGACGGGAGGACCUCGUGGCUCUCCCUGCGUGCUCCCAGAUUGUUUCUCUGUUUGAAGAGAUUCGAGCAUCCGUCGACAAAAGCUUUUUACGAUUGGGCACAGAUUUAGAGGUCGACAAAACGGAAAUGCAGUUGUCGGUCUAUCCAAGCACCGACAGAUUUCUGACUGCAAUCCUCUACCUGAACGAAGACUGGAAGCCCGCAUGCGGUGGCUGCUUGAGGCUUUACCUUGAUGAUUGCCGCCUUGACGUCUCUCCGCGGUUGGGAAAACUGGUUGUCUUCAGGAGCGAGCAACUGGAACACAGCGUGAUGCCUGUAACGUGUGCGGAUCGCUACGCAAUAACUUGUUGGUUCUCCGUUCGCCGUCGUGCAGCAGGUUGA